AUGAACGACAAAAUCUUCAUCCGCGAGCCCCUGUUCGUGGCGCCAAACGAGUGCAAGAGCGGCGCAGCCCAGCACGAGCAAGACAACUUUUUCAGCCGAGAAAGGAAAGAAGGGGCAAGUCUGAUUAACCAUAUAGGAAAAAAUGGAUCAUACAGAAAGUGUGAAAAGUGGGAGCAGGAUGGACGAAAUGAACAGAAGAAUAAUGAACACCUCCUCCCCCUGCAGUUAAACGAAAGAGAGGACAUGAGCUGUUUCGUGAAAUACAAAGAAAACCUUCACAAUUUAACACACGAAAAAAAUAUUUUCAAUUCGUGUAGAAAAGGCGAAAUAAACAACAAGUACAAUAUAAUGGACAACAUGCACGAUAUUCACUACACGAGCGAAAGUACCAAAAAUCUGAACGACUUUUUGAAACAUGUGAAGAUCAAUCAUACUGCUCCUUGUGUGGGUGAGUUCAGGACCUGUAUGAAUUGCUUCGUGAGCAUAUCAACACUCUUUUGCAAAACGUGCAACAUAUUUCUGUGUGCAGUGUGCAGUAUUAAAUUGCAUAAGAAUAACCUGGAUCAUAUUAUUAAUGUUGUCGGAAGUGGGUUGUUCCAAAAUGAUUAUUCCUACAAUGACGUGAUCGUGAAGGAGAAAGAUAAAUGGUUAGUCGAAAUGGACAAUAAUAUCCCCGUUAAAAUUAGAGAGAAAUGUCCUGUGCACACAAAUGAAUAUGUAAAAUAUGCCUGCAGAACAUGUCAGUAUAUUUUACUAUGUACUGACUGCUUGUUGAAUGACCCUGUGCAUGUGCAGAAUCAGCUGGAUGAUGGAAGGAACCCCUCCAGGGAGAAGCGGGAAGAUGAAUCCAACUGGGGGGAUAAAGUAGGCGAGAAUAAAGACAGUGGGAUUGCCACUCUCCCGUUUGGUGCAUCCUCCUUGGGGGGAGGAAAAAACGGAAGAGAGAUGGUCGAUCUGGCCAUAUAUGUUAACCCUUUGAGAAGGGGAAACCAACCAAGUCAAACUAUCGUCAGCAUAGACAAAAAGGUGGAAACAACCACCCAGAUGAGCACCCAGGAUUGCGACCUGGUGAACCUCAAACCGGGGUUCAAACUAAUCCGCGGCAGUCACGAAAUAUACACCCUGGUAGAUGCAAAGAAUGAAAUAAAGCAAGAACUUAAUGACAAGCUAGAAGCCUUGUGUAAAAAAUCUCUAAUCCUCAAAAACACAAUCCCUUCUUUGAGAAACAUAUACAAGUAUGGAAAAAUCACGAGGAAAAAUGUUAAGAGGUCGAUAAGGGCUUCUUUCACCAUUACGAAUGUCUUCCUUGAAAAAAAAAAAAAAAAAUUACACCAAGAACUAAAAAUGGUACAGGAUAGAAGCACCGAGUUUUUAAAAAAAAUGGACGAACAGAGAAUGAACUAUCACAACUAUUUAGAGAGGAAGAAAAAUGAACUUCAACAUAUGGUUAAGUUAAGUGGUCGAAAUGCAGGUCUUUCUCUGGACUACUACGUGGAAAAAUUAGAAUCAUACAAAUGUCUCUUCUUUUCGAAGGACAAUUUAAUAGACAUAGAAAAGAAGCUAGAGAUCCCGCACUCCAAAAUGAAGUCGGAGCAUUUGCCUUUUUUAGUAGAAUCUAUGAAGGUAGAUGUUUUAGAAGCGAAAAAAAAUGUUACGAAUACCUCUGCACAGAUUCGGAGGGAGUUUGAAAAGCUCUUCAAUUGCACAAGUGAAAUUUCUGUCUACCCUGAGCACUUUAAAAAUAUACUUCAGAAAAGGAUAUACGACAAGCAUAGGGUUGAACCAGUGGAUGGAGAUGCGAAAAGACGGCAACGAUAUUUUCACGUUUUACCAUUCACCGAUCUGUACAUGAAUAUGGAGGUAACCUACCAGCAACAGUUUUGGCGAAAGGAUUCCCUGCAUCAGAAGUGGGAAGCAAGGACAGUUUCUCUGCGCUCCAUUUAUUUGUGUGUUCAUACUCACUCAUGCGCGGUGGGAAGAAGCAGUUUGGAAAAAGGUGUGGAUGCCUUUACAGAUGGAAACCACCAUAGUAGGUUACCUAUCCACGUACCUCUCCCUGAGGAUUCUCCCAAAAAUGUAUCUGGAGAAGAUAACCAGAUCAUCUCAAAGAAUGAAAUAAACAACUUCAGCAACGACAUAGAAUCUAUUGUGAGUAUCACCAACGUGAGCGUCAAGCUAUUCUCUGACCCGGACAUAACGAACAUAACAAUACUGGAAAAGAGGAACCAUCCUUAUGGGAUAGAAAUUACAGAAUAUAAUGAAAAAAGGGAUUUGUGUGGUUACUGGCUCUUAACGGCUAAGAAAGAGAGCGAUGUUAAUAACCUGUUUAACACGUUGAUGAGUCUUAAAAAGGAGAAGAAGAUAUCUGCACUGAUCCCUUCAUUCCAUCCAAAGAUAAAUAUGAAUAAUAGCAUGUUUAAUUUCCACCACAAGAAUGUAAACUCAGUGUACAAGCACAUGGCGGCCAAUUUGACAGAACAACCAGUUGUGUUCUCCGUGGGAGAGGAGUCUAAAGAGAAUCGCUUGGAGGUGGAAAAGGACAGUCUCGAAACGGUGCAAAAUAGGGACACCGAUAAUUACAAUUAUGAUGGGUUCAUGAGGGACUCUAGCCUUCUCUACUAUUACGAUGGCAUGGAUGACCCCGCCUAUAGGGAGAAUGUGAAGAGGUAUAAAAUUGAGGAGCUUAUACCUGGACAGAUAAACUUAUCCGAUUCGAAUGACCAGAUGGCACUAGUCGAUUGCAAGAAGAACAUGUGUGCUGAAUCUAAUAGUACAGAAUCCAUGAACCCAUUUUCCCUUGAUACAAGUGCGCUGCGGGAGGAUCAAUUAGGAGAGGGAUUAAAAAUCGUGCACUCAAGUGAGGGUAAUAUAACCUCUGUGGAACAACCUCAAAGGAAACAGCAAAGGGACAUUCCCCGGGGGGAGGCGUCUGCACAGAAAGGAGUGAAGACAGGGAGAGUACACACCAUGGUGGGGGGGGUUCAUCCGAAAUGGAAAAAUACAAAUCCACCAGAUGUAAACAUCAAUAGUGUGAAGCCUAAUUUAGUGCAUGAGGAACAACACUUUAUGGCGCUGAAUGUGGGCUCUAAUUUUUCCCAUGGGGACUACACUGCGGGGAUGUAUAGCAAUGGGGUAGAUGUCAUGAAGGGGGGGAGUGUAGGUACCUAUACGGGUUGUUACUCGGAAGGAGAUGCACACGGGGGAAGUAUACUCGGGCGGAAUGUACUUGGGGGGGUCAUUCCAGUUGGUAGUCUACUUGUUGAAGAACGCACGAACGUUGGAGAGCAGACGAAUGAACACUUGGUUGAAAGGCGCAACGGUGAUCAUGGGUCGAGCAUUUUUAAUGUUAGCACGAUGGAGAACUAUAGAGACAAAUCUGGACUGAAAAAUGGUCUUAUCUUAAGGAGUCUCCAUGUGGAAAAUCAUCUCGAGAUAGAAGGGGACGUAGAUGCUUGUAAUGGGAUCAGGAAAGUAGAACCCCACAAGGAUGAAAUUGAUAGAAUGGAUAAGUCGGUUCUUAAUUCGACUGGUACGUCACUAUCGAAUAGGAAGCAAUACACAGAUUUAGGGGUCAUACAGGGUGGGCACUCUAUGCACUUUCUUCAUCACAAGGACGAAGAAAUGAAGGGGGGAGAUACAAAAAUGAGCAACCUGAAGGAGAAAUUUGCCAAAAUGGGAGAGUUAUUGAAAAAUGAGGGACUUACCAAGUUCCUGGGCCGAUUGGAUUCGGCAAAGAAUAUGAAUGGUAGUUCGCACAAAGUAGGUGCUGAGUCAGCUACCAGAACAGACAUGUACUGUAAGGCAAAAUGCCUGACUGAUGGGAGACUGACCCUCACGAAGGUUGGAACGAAAGUGGAGAAAACAUUGUUUGGUCAUAACGAGGGGGAAGCGGAGAAAACUCAAAGAAAUGACACUCCUGGACGGGUGAAUCGACAGGACCAUAAAACAGGUAAUGAAGAUCCAAAGAGUCAACCAAACGGAGAGCGAAACGGAGAACCAAACGGAGAACGCUUCAGUAUGGUUUACUCUGAUGGGGAGUACCUCAUUGGUGGCACCCCCAUGAAUGGAAUUGUCCAUUCGCCCGCUAACUAUGGAAACAGUAAGAGAGAACUGAUUAGCGGUGUGAGGAGGGAAAACGUGGCAGGGGUGAACCAACCAUGUGGUGCGAAUAAAGGGGAAAGCAUCACUACAUAUGGUGAUCAGAAGGGGGGUGGUCUGAUUAUGGAUGAAGACCUUUCCUCUGUGCGUACUACACCAGAGAUGAUGGAUCUCCUGAGAAAAAUGGACAAAUCAGAAAAGGAGUGCCUUCCCGUGGGAGAGAUGAAUGCAAAAGUGCCCUUCCAAUGUUCAGGUUUUUCCAUGGAGGAUUUCCAGAAGAAAAGCAAAAUUCAUAACGUGCUAAGCGACCAACGGGGGGGAAGUAACAAGGAGGAUUUGAAUGAAGUUGAAUGGGCUACCUCGGGGGAGGUUAUAAGCAGUCGAGACGCCAAUGGAGAAGUGUCUCCGAAGAGAGUGGACACAGGUGAACAAAUCCAGAAAGGGGCACACUCACAGGUACAUGACAAAAACUGUGGGAAGCCUUCCCUAAUGGAGGAACUUCCUCGGGAAGAAGCGAACAUAACGGAGGGAACAUCAACACGGAUGGAUAACCACGCAGCUACAUCGAACAUUAAUGUAAUUUUGAAGCCAACAUCUGUUCAUGUCAAAGGGGGAGCAAGAAUUAUCCAUGGUACGGAAACCGAGAAAGGGAGAAUGAGAAGUGGUACAGGAAGAUUGAGGUUGAAAAAGGAGGAGAGGCACAAAACCCCGCCUCCAAAGCGAAAAAAAAAUAAAGACAGUGUAUGUACUUCUAUGGUUUCCACUUCUGAACCCAUGGCUCGCCUCAAGACGCUUCAAGAGGAACUGGCACCAGGGGGGGACAUCCCUGAGAGCGUAAUAAAUCGGGUGAUGAGCCAGAUCGGAAGUAAAAGGUUGGGUUCUUAA